AUGUACUCGAGAAAAGUAAUAGCUGUCAUAAGAAGAUACACGUCUAGAAACUUAAUAUCAUCUAAUAUUUUUAUUAGAAGACACGCAAAUCAGGCAUUGAGUAUUACAAGUUUUACCAAUCCAGGAAAAGAAUAUAUACGUCAAUUUCAGAAGCUUAUGCUCGGUACGAGGGCACUUAGUCACGCAAAUCUUUCGGCUUUGGAGGGAAUCGAUAUAGAUGACUCUUUUGGAGAAGAAAGCGCGUCUCAGAACUCUGCUGGUGGUGACGCCCAGCUUUGCGAAAACGAAAGCUCGACAAACGGAUUUGCUGACGGGCAUAGAGUAGGGAGGCAGGACCGGGAAUCAAAGGGAGGGUUUGGUAACACAGAGGAAAUGUUGGCAGAAUCGUUUGAAUUUAGUGAUAAUACACCAUCACUGCGACUAAAGUUACAGUCUAAUACGAAUUCGAAUACCAAGGAAAACGGCGAUAAGGAAGGUAAUGACGCAUUAGUGGAGCCUACUGAAGCAUAUGUAGAUGAUCUUUUUGAGUUCAGCGAUAGCGAAUUGUCCUCGCCUAGAAACUUUUCCAAAAACCGAGACAGAGUGACUGCAAAUCUGCAACAAAAAGAAGAAGAGCAUUCCCAAACUUUAGAAAGCAGUAGUAAGCUUAAAGUGAUUUCCCAGAGUGAAUCUUCUGGCUCUCGGGCGUAUGAUCCUAGUUUUGAAUUUAGCGAAGAGGAUAAUGAAGUACUCGCAGCCGUUGGCAAUACCUGCAAACACUCAUCACCAUCACCACAAAAAGAGAAUCAUGAAGAUUCUUCAUUUGAUCCAAAAGUGUCACCCACGGAACUUAGAAAAGCGUCUUUUCUGCUUCAUACACAAACACCAAUUAUCAAAGCUCCUCAACGACUGACAACUAUGAAACAUAUAAUAACAACAUCGCCAUCAAAAUCCGAAUCUCCCUCGAAGAAACAUAAUCCUGCUUUGCAGAUAAAGCUUUCCGAGUCACCAACGCGAAAACGAUUGAACUCUUGUCUUGAAUCGCCGCCUCUGGUUCCAAUACGAAACAUUUUAAAAGAUUUCAAGGCUCCUUGUCAAGCUGCGCGUUAUUACUCAACGGGGCUACAAUCUGAACAGCCAAAAAAGACUCCAGUAAAUUAUACUUUGCAGCUAGCCACACAAAAGCCAUCUAUAGAUAACGUGUCAGAAAAGGCUCCAGUGGAAACCUCUACAUUGAGCAAAAAGGUUCAGCCCAUAAUUUUAUCUAGAGAACAAGAAUCCGUCUUACAAAGGGUCUUGCUGGGAGUUUCCUUAUUCUAUACCGGAUCGGCUGGUACUGGAAAGUCCGUUCUUUUGAGAUCCAUUAUCAAGGCCCUUAAGCACAUAUAUCCCCAUGGAGUUGCAGUGACAGCGUCUACAGGAUUGGCUGCCUGUAAUAUUGGUGGUAUAACCUUGCAUAGUUUUAGUGGUAUCGGGUUAGGGAAUUCGAAUGUUGAAUCUUUGGUAAGGAAAAUAAGAAAAAAUAAAAAAGCACUGAGAAGAUGGUUGGAAACAAAGGUUUUGAUUAUUGAUGAAAUCUCAAUGGUAGAUGGUGCAUUAUUAGAUAAGUUGAAUGAAAUAGCCAAGAUAUUUAGAAAGAAUGAUGCGCCAUUUGGUGGUAUUCAAUUGGUUGCGUGUGGUGACUUUUACCAAUUACCACCUGUGGUUAAAAAGGUGAAUGCCGAAGGCGAAUUGAACGAAGAUGUUGAAGCAUUUUUUUCUUUUGAAUGCCUUGCUUGGAAAGAAACAAUUCAGGAAACUAUUAUACUAAAGGAGGUCUUUAGGCAAAAAGGUGACCAGACGUUUAUCGAUAUGUUGAACGAAAUGCGAGAUGGCAAAAUUUCAGUUCGAACAAUUCAAGAGUUCAAAAAGUUGAGUCGUCCCUUGAAGUGUCCUCCAGGUAUUGUUCCUGCCGAAUUAUUUGCCACUAGGUACGAAGUAGAGAGAGCUAAUAACAUACGACUUCGAGCAUUACCUGGAGAAGAAAUCUAUUAUAGAGCACAUGACACGGGGUCUUUGGAUGAGAAACAAAGAAUUGGAUUGCUAUCCAAUUUCUUGGCACCUCAGGAACUUCACUUGAAAAAAGAUGCUCAAGUUAUGUGCAUCAAAAACUUUGACGAAACUUUAGUGAAUGGAUCUUUGGGCACCAUUGUUGACUUUAUGGAUAAAGAUACAUAUAUGAAAGCCUUUCUGUCUGAAGAACAAGCGAACGAGAAUGGUAUAUUGAAAGAUUUUGUUUAUAGUGAAUCAGAUAUGCCUCAGGGCCCCACUACUACUGGCUCGCUCACACAAAAGAAUCAAACCGAGGAAGACCGAAGGAAGACAACAAGGAGGAUGGAUUUGAAUGAUAACUUAUUGGAUGACUUUAAAAACAAAAAGUGCCCCUUGGUGAGAUUUCUAUCUCCAGAUGGAGUAAACACUAGAACUGUGCUUGUUGAGCCGGAGGAAUGGACAGUUGAAGAUGAGGAUGGAAAAGUACUUGUUUCUAGAAUCCAAUUCCCUAUAAUGCUUGCAUGGUCUUUAUCAAUACACAAGUCGCAAGGACAAACUUUGACCAAGGUCAAAGUCGAUUUGAAAAAGGUAUUUGAAACAGGCCAAUCGUAUGUUGCUUUAUCGAGAGCUACUUCAAGAGAAGGUCUACAGGUGCUAAACUUUAACGUGAUGAAGGUCCGGUCUCAUCCCAAAGUUGUCAAGUUCUAUAAUUCGUUAGCCAUCUUGUCAUCAGAGGUCAAUUCUCGUGGUCACGGUCAACAGAAAUUGAACUUUAGAGUCAGUAGUUACGAGUGA